GCAUUGGCCACCAUGGAAAACUCACCACCUCCUCUCAUCUCGCCCCUCCCCCCUUCCCCACCACCACCAUUCUUUCCCCUCCCUCCUCCACCACGCGCCUUCUCCCAAAUCACCGUCAUCAACGCGCUUCCUCCUUCUCCGCCGCAGCCACCCUUCCCGGACUCCCCCAGCUCCGUUGACUUGUCUCCUCUUGAGUUCCUCCUCGCUCUCAUCGCCGUCGUCACCAUCCCUGCCCUAAUCUACACCUUCAUCUUCGCCGUCAGGUGUCCCUCUCGCCAUCGCCGCCAUCCGGACGAAGCUUCUGGAGGACCACCCUCCGUCUUCUCCGAACCUGCGUCGCAUGACGGAAGAGAUGCGGCUGCGGUGUUCUCCGACUUCAGGUACCGGAAGGACGCCCAUGGGAAGGAGAUCGGCAGCGAGUGUCCCGUUUGCUUGUCGGUUUUCGGCGAAGGCGAGGAGGUCCGGCAGCUCAGUGUGUGUAAGCAUUUGUUCCACGCUUCUUGUAUCGACAUGUGGCUCAGGACCCAGUCCAAUUGCCCGAUUUGCCGAGCCACCGUCGCCAUCAGGCGGCCAAACACGGCGGCUCCGGCGAGAAAUAAUAGUGAUCUGCAACAAGGUCUGCCUGAUGCCUCUUCUUUGGAUUGACUCUUUUCUUCGUCUCCCUAAUUCCUGUCCGUCCCAACCAAAUGCUCUGAUUGUUCACUUCUUUUGUUUGGCUAGUGAGAGAGUGAAAAUUUUCUGAGAAAAUUGGACUUCCUUCAAAACCACGGAGAUUUAGGAUUUGGAAGUGGUUACCACGAGGAUUUUGACUGAGCUCACCACUUGUGUAUUCGUUGGCUGAAAAUUUAAGAUUUUAUCACAGAAGUUAAACUCAAUUCGGAGUUCAAACUGAAAUCAUCAAGUCUCUCAGUUGCAGGAAUUCUUAGCUGUGAAGAAGUCUUCUGAUUUAUCAACUUCCUUUAGUUAAUUGUUCUUCUUAAAAUUUUGGGGUUCGAGUUGUUUAAUUUCCCAGUUAGAGAGAAAGUGAAGGGAUUUUCCUGAGAAAAUUGGAGUUCAAUAUCAAGCCUUCAAAAGAUACAAAUUGAUAUAUUUGUGGUAUC